AUUAAUCAAUUUUCUUUGACACAAAGGGAAUGCGCUAGGUUAACUCAGAAACAUCUACCCUUCUUUAGAACGACGUGAUGUGAUUCGUACAACUGUGCGUAUUAAAUCAAUAAACCCGGUUUACCAGACGUGUUUCCGGACGACAGACUAAAUUAACAGAAAUUCACAUUUCACUGUACGUAAACGUACAAUUCAACCUAUCCUAAGCCUGUUUAAUAUACGUUCAAAAUAUAAAUUAUAAAAGACGUUACGUACGUUACUUCGCUUUUUUGAUUGCCUUACGAAAUGUCGGAUAUUCCGAACGAACACGAUUGUUGUGGCGACAACCCACAGCAAGUUUCGCAACAGCAACCAGAGGAACAACCAUGCUUUACGAUGGAGCACGGUGGUGGCGGAGACAACGUGGAGAAACCUCCGCUUUAUUUACCUCAGCCAGAGGAUGAAUAUCCGUCAAAGCCCGAACACACAAUGGGACCUCUCGGUCCAUGGGCUACGGGCAAAGUAACUUGUUCUCGCGAGGGUGGAAUAACGGGAGUGAAACCAGUCGCAGAUCGGUAUUCCGUCACCCUUUACGGACCAAGUGAAUGGCGCGCGCACAAUUUGAAUGUCUUCCGACAAUCGAAUGAGAGAAUCUGCGAUGCCCAAGUCACAGCAAAUGGUGCAAAGCAAUGUGUGGAUCAAACGUACGCAGCAGCCAACAAGGUGCAAUCGGAAACGACAGAACAUUUGAAAACACGGGCUAACGUAGUAUAUCGCUGGAAGGCGGAAUUAGAACAUGCGAUUGCUGCCCUCGCGGAAGAGACGGGAUUAUUAGAGAUCGAUCGUCGUCGUGUAAAGCGAUCCUUAUCAGUACUGACCAUUCCUGCGUCGAUCGCGAACGAGUUUUUGCAGUUGCGUUCCUGUCGUAUGGACUCUGAUCUCGUCCGUGAUAACGUCGAAGAGCAACUCAUGAAGGAAAUAUCCCUUAUUUCGGAGAUUCGAGAUUUACUGAGCAGAACCCUUGAGCAGAUUGACACGCAGAUGGUCGAGCUGAGGUCCGCGAAAGUGCGGACGGAAAAUGAUUGGUCUGACAAAAUUCAUACGUACAAUCUAGAGUCCGUAUGUGUGAAUUUGUCUAACGAUUCUCCGCUUCUAUUGUGGAAAGCUGGAGCUACGAGAGUCCCAGCCGAUCAAUCAACUCCUACGAGCUACGAACACUUCACGCAAGAAGUAUUAACUGCUGGCGAGGCUGCUAAACAAAGAUCAAUAAAACUAAGGUCCACCUUGAACGACAUAUACACUAAUUCCAUUAAAGAUCUACGCGAUCAAGCGACUUGCGUUGACAUUGCACUGUCAGAAAAUAUAAAACUCACACAGGAUUGCCUUCAGCAAUUAGAAAAAGAAUUACUUCGCUGCCUGCAAGAACUAGCAAAUACAGAAAAGCUGAUUGAGGAACUUCGGGAUUCAACAAAGGGAUUAAACAAUGCUAUGAAAUUAGCACAAACAAGAUUAGAUAACAGAUUGAAUCGGCGCAAUAUUGAAAGCUGUCGAGAUACACCUCAAUAUGCCCUUAUUGAAGAAGUGAAAUCACUUAGCGAACAAACCUCUGCUAUAUUAGUAGAAUUAAAACGAGCUGAAGAUUCACAGGCGGAAUUAGUCAAAGCAAGAGGAAUCCUUGAACAUGAAAUAAUGGUAAAACGAAAAAGUUUGUACAUAGACAAGGAACGAGGUCAGCUAUUGCGUACAUUCUUCCCUUCUACUACAGAUAUAUCUGGAUUUUAAUAAAUUAAAUAUAUAAUGUAAAACAUAUAAUAACAAAUAUUAUUUAAAAUUAAAUAUAUUAACUACAUCAA